AUGGCCUUGCUCUCGUUCCUGAGACGAGGGAAAUCAAAGCCACGGGUGCCUUCAUGCAGGGGAGCCUUUCAAAAACCCAACAAACUUCUUCAUCAGAACUACGAGACCUUGCUGGAGACAUGCUUGAAGAAUAAAUGCCUCUUCAAGGAUGAGAACUUCCCAGCUGACCUUCGUUCCAUUGGAAUGGGAUCAUUGCUGCAGAAACUGCCACCAAACCUACAGUGGAAGAGGCCACAUGAGCUGCAUAAAACUCCAAUAUUUUAUACUGCAAACACAAGACGGCUUGAUCUCUGCCAAGGAUUGGUUGAAAACUGCUGGUUCCUGGCCGCGUUGGAAGCGCUGACGUUCCACCAAGACAUCUUGGCUGUGGUCAUGCCGCAAAACCAAAGUUUUGAUAGGAAGUACGCUGGCAUUUUCCAUUUCCGGUUUUGGCACUUUGGUGAAUGGGUUGAUGUGGUGGUCGAUGACCGACUGCCAGUCAACGAGGCUGGUCAGCUGGUUUUUCUCUCCUCCGUUUGUAAGAAUCUCUUCUGGGGAGCCCUUUUGGAGAAGGCGUAUGCCAAGCUCUAUGGCUCCUAUGAAGAUCUGCAGAUUGGACAAGUGUCGGAAGCGCUGGUGGAUUUUACAGGCGGAGUUAAUAUGACAAUAAAACUGGCAGAGGCUCCUCCUGAUCUAUGGGAUAUACUGACAAGAGCAACCUACAGCAGAUCUCUUAUGGGUUGCCAGACGCAUUUAGGGACAGCAAGGGUCCUAGAGAAUGGGCUGGUGGCUGGCCAUGCCUACACAGUCACUGGUAUCAGAAAGGUGACUUGCAAAUAUGGACCGGAAAAUUUAGUGAGACUGAGAAAUCCAUGGGGGAAAACUGAAUGGAAAGGAGACUGGAGCGAUAGCUCUGGGAACUGGGAGCUGCUCAGCCCGAAGGAGAAGAUUUUGCUGCGGAGAAACCAAGAUGAUGGAGAAUUCUGGAUGUCUCUGCAAGAUUUUAAGACCCACUUUGUAGAUCUGAUGAUCUGUAAAUUAACUCCCGACCUGAUGAGCCAGGAAGAUGGGAAAAAGUGGAUGUAUUCUCUGCAGAUUGGGAGAUGGGUCAAAGGAAGCACGGCAGGCGGCAGGCUGAGGCCCUACAAAGACACAUUUUGGAUGAAUCCCCAGUACUGGCUGGAAGUUUUGCAGGGUGACGGCAGCAAAAGGUCCCUGCAUUCCUGCAGUGUGCUGGUGUCCCUGAUCCAGAAACCCAGCAGCAAACACCGAAACCGGGCACCUCACCUCUCCAUAGGGUUUUCCAUCUUCAAGGUGGGCCCAGAGUACCACAAAAGCAACAAAAGGCUGGCACCAGCGUUCUUUGCCAGGAACCCCUCCGUCAACCAAAGGCAUCUCUUCCUGAAUGAGCGGGAAGUGACUCAGGAUUUCCGGCUGCAGCCUGGGGUCUAUGUCAUCGUCCCCUCCACCGCGGAACCCCAGCAGGAGUCCGAGUUCAUCCUGCGGAUCUUCUCCAGGAAACACAUCCUUCGCGAAAUGGGCGGGAAUUCAAGUUUCAUCCUUUCCAAGGAAAUAAUUGAUAAACACGAAGGCAAGAUUUGGGAGGAUUUCUUCAAUAAGCAUUUUGAACAACAUCCUGAAAUAAACGCUGUCCAACUCCAGAGGAUCCUGAAUAAUGUCAUCUGGACACAUCUCCAGAGCUUUCGGCUGAGAUUUAGUCUGGAUGCCUGCCAAGGUAUCCUGGCACUGCUGGACCUUAAUGCCACUGGCACACUGAGUAUUCAGGAAUUCAGGGUCUUGUGGAAGAGGCUGCUUUUCUAUCUGGAAGUUUUCCAGAAGAAAGAUGUUGAUAGAUCAGGAAAUCUGGACUUAGUGGAAUUGCAUGCAGCUGUGCAGGAGACAGGUAUUUCGCUCAGCAACGAAGUCUGUAACCUAAUGGCAAUCAGAUACGGCAACCCUGACCUGAAAAUCAGCUUUGAGAGCUUCGUCUGCUUCAUGCUGCGAGUGGAGAUCAUGGAGGAGGCCUUUCAGAACUUAACUAAAGAUGGCAAAGGGAUAUAUCUCCAGGAAUCUGAGUGGAUGAUGAUGACUCUCUAUUCCUAA